GUCAAGAUAUCCUGACGAGAUCUGUCCACACCGAGCACUUUGUUUAUUUCGGUCGACAGAGAAGCACCUUCAGUCUGCUGCUGACUUUUUAUUAGACGCUGUGACAGAGCUCCAAAAUGAACUUCCUGCUGGGUUUAACACUUUUGUUGGUGACGCUGGGUCUCCUCGAUUCUGUACCUACGGAUCAAGGUGAAGGCAUCUCAGAGGACACUUUAAAACAGUUGUCACUGGGUGGUGAGAAGCUUGUGGAUGAGGAGGUAAGGAGAGCUUUGUAUGGGGUGAAGCAGAUGAAGGAGGUGAUGUGGAGGAACGAGCAGAAGCAUGAACACCUGAUGAGGUCUUUGAGAAACAGCAGCGAAAAGAAGAAGGGGGCAGCAGAACUAGCCAAGGAGGUGACUGAGAAGCUAAAAGAGGCAGAGGAGCAGUGCAAAGACUCCCUGCAGACUGAGUGGGAGGACUGCAGACCCUGUCUGGAGGAUGCAUGUAAAAACUUCUAUACCUCCACCUGCCGCAGGGGCUUUGUUUCUUUCCAUACUAAGGUAGAAAACUUUUUUAAAAGAGUUUCCCAGCGCUUUGGUCCCCGUGAGACCAACUUGGAAGCAGGGGACAUUCUGGUAAACCAGGAUAACAACACAGACACAGAGAUCGUCCAGAUGGAAGACUCCUUCAACCGACUGGUCAAUAAAGUGGGAAUGCUGGUGAACCGUAGCGUCACCCUGGUCUCUAAGCUGAGCAGCAGGCUUGACAAAGCUCUUCAGAGAGCCUUUCUGAACAACACCGAUAUCCUGAUGGAAGAAACCACCUCUGAUCCCUACGACCCUGCCCGGGACUCGGGCUUCCUGCAGGGUGUGGGACUAGAGGAAGUACUGGAAUCCUUCUUUGACUUUGCUAAAAGUGUGGUGGAUGAGUUUGGAGCUGUGGUGACCCAGGUGUUUGAUGAUAUCCACAAGACAGUGGAGGAGGAGAAGAAGAAAGAGAGGGAAAGUCUUCCUCGCUUCCUGCAGAACAGGAAGCUGUGCAGAGCCCUCCGCAGACAGACAUCAGAGUGCUGGCAGCUACAGAGCGAGUGUGAGAACUGCCAGGGAGCUCUGCUCACAGAGUGUCCCAGUGUUCGGGAACUGCACGUGGAGUUGGAUGACGUUUCUCAGCUGCUGGAAAUCUCCAAAGAGCAGUUUGAUGAGAUCUUGUCUAUUGUCCAGCACCACACUGAUGAAACAGUCAGUUGGCUCAGCAACAUGUCGGCUGUAUACAGCUGGGUGGCUCAGGCUGUGAGCAACAGCAGCGCUCCACAAAAUAUCUUCCACAUCACCAAGGUGGCACCAGAGAGCCACAAUGAACAGAAUGAGGCUGUUCGUGAGACCAAGGUGGAGGUAAGCAUCCUAAACUCUCCUCCGCUUACCCUCACCGUUCCCAGCGAGCUGGAGCUGCAGGACCCAGCCUUCAUUCAGUAUGUGGCUCGAGAGGCUCUGGAGAAGUACAAGGAGAUGGUCAGGUUUGAAGAUGAGUAAUACUGCAGUGUGCAACAGUGAAUACAACUCGAGCAUGUUUGUAUUGUAGCCAUCAUCUUGUUGAAAUCUACAAAUGUCAAAUCAAAGUCAGAAAUCAUCAGUAUUCAGUAAAGUAAAAAGAAGCAUAAAUUUAAAUGAAUUUUUAAAAAUAGCCACGUUUAAGAAAACAUCUGGACGUCUUGGGUCCGACUCUUCAAGAAGAUCACUGCAACUCGUCAAGAACACAAGUAGUAAAAGUAACCUUUGAGUAAACCUUUUAUUUUUUUUCCUGUACAAAAAUCAUUAUUAGUAACUUUUCUCAUUCAUUUCAUUAUUCAUGUCCCUACUAGUUCAAGUCCCCAUGUCUUUAUGUUUAAGAACAAUCACACAUGUUCUUUGAGUGAUGAACAGAAAGAAUUACAACAACAACAAAAAAAGUUCACAUCUUUGUAGCUUUCAUACUCCCAAAUUUCCUCAUCACACACACCUGGACAGAGAAUGGAAGCAUUUCUAAGAAUUUGUUAUUAGAUUUUGAUCUGUAAAAGCACUAAAGCCCUGUCUGGAACACAGUGUGUGCCAGGUGUUUGUUUUGUCUGUCUGUUUCUAGUUAACUCGCACACGAAGUGAUAUAUCAUCUGUACCGCCGGGAACUGAACUAUGAAAAUCAUAGGAGAGCGGAGCUGCUCACAUGCAAAUACCACUGGAGAUGCUUUAUUAAACAUCACCACACGCACGGCUUUGCGUAGUUGCAUUUCAAACCUAUGAGAAUACUUGAUUGAGGUUGCAGCUUUGGAUAAAGCUUUUCCCUCCAGCAAAAUCUGAAAUGAGGACAGUGUCGAUCUGCACACAGUCCCACGUAUGGCGACUCCUGCACCGUCAGUCACGGCGCUGCAAAAUUCGACUGUGUAGAUGUGUGCAAUAAUGAAGAGAAAUCUACAAGAAUCUUCUGUAGCAAUCAGAGCUGUACAACAGGGAAAGAAAGACAAGAAGCAAAUCUUAUAGAAAGAUGAAGACAAUCUUAAUUAAAUUUCACAGCUGAA